AUGCCACCUAAAACAAUGCCUCCAGUACCAUUUUUCUUUCUAUUUGAUUUCUAUUUAAUGCAAGGAUCAACAGAUGAUAAUGAUGUCCUACCAGAAGCUAUUAUAUAUUUUUAUCCAACAGAUCCACAACUGAAAGAUCUAAAAAUAUUGGAUUGUGGUGAAAUUGUAGGAGUUGUACAAUAUUUUCAACAUGAUCUAUUUCGAUCUAUACCAAAAACAUUAUAUUUUCAAAAGACAUUUGUUGUACAUGAUUAUCAUGGAAGACAUAGCGGUUUUUUGUGUGCACCCCAUGAUUAUUAUACAGAAGAAGAAGCUGUGAUUCAUUUAAAAUAUAUUAUGGAUUUAUUUAAUAUGUUAUAUGGUACGUGGAACCAUGUGAAUUCAACCUAUGGACAAGAUCGUAAAAUAAAUGAAUUUCUUAAUCGAGCAUUAACACCUAUUGUACAUUAUGUAUUGAAUCAUAGACGAUCAAUACCUUACCUAUUUUCAGUUAUUGAAUAUGCACCAUUGAAAAAAGGUAAUCAACGAGUAUUAUUAGAAUGUAAACAUUGCCUGAAUUAUCUAAGAUCAGCAUAUGGAAUAAAAGAUGGGCUUAUUGGAUAUGAUAAAAAGAUUUUAUAUUCAUCAUAUGAUUUUGACACUACAUUUUAUUUACAACUUCUGUUUCAAAUAACAAAAGAUUUACCUGAAGAUCUAAUAUGUAUUCCAUGGGAUUCGGAAUUUAAAUUAAAAAAUGGUGUAUCACUUUUUCGUAUAUAUACUCGUCGAAAAUCAUCUUCAACAUCAACUCAUAAUGUCAUAGAUACAUCUCCUACGACUAAUACAACAACUCCAACUGCUAAUAUUACUACUACCAAAACGACAACAUCACCGAUAAAUAUCUUUAAUAGUUUAUCAUUUAUGUCAGAUGAUUCGUCUUCAUUAAGAAGUCAAUUUAGUACUAAUUCGGAACUAUCACCAUCACUUAAUGAUAGAAAACGUAGUGGUGUAUUGGUGCAACCUUAUCAAUCUUGUUCAUCUGAAGAAACAGGUUUCGAUACUGAUACAAUGGAUGAUUCAUCAUCUGCAAGUGCUGCUGAAGAAAGAAGUUCAGUUUUAUCGUCGAUUACUAGUAAUUCGGAUAAAAUAAGUGCAGAGAAACAGUCAUAUGAAGAAUCACUAACUGACGAACAAAAACUCGAGAAUUUACGAUCGCGUGCGUCAACAUUGAGUAAUGAUAUGGAAAAAACAAUCGAAAUUGAAUUUUUGAAUAGUCCAGAUGAUCUUAUCGAUCGAAUUCAUUUAACAGAAAUCGACGCAUUUGAAAGUAGUGAUGAUGAUGAUAUUGAAAAUUUUAAAGUUAUUCAUCGAACAACAACCGUAACAAGUGCACCUGAAGUAAUAAAACUACCAGAAAUUUUUAAGAGUGAUCGUCAGGAGGUCAAAGUUAGUUGGUCAAAUAUACCAGAUAAAAAUAAUGAAAAUGAACGAGAUGAGUUAGUAUUGUAUGUUCAAAGAAAUUCAAGAAUGGUAUUUGCUGGUGUUAUGGAACAAAGUUCAUUAUCGGAUGAAUAUCUAAAGACGCUGUGGAAUUUAAUGUUAUCACAAAUGGCUAAUAUGGAAACUGAAGUUCAAGUUAUAUCAACAACAAAUGAGAUGAUUAAACUAAGUACUGAUGUUAAAUAUCAAUUUAAUGAAAAUACUCAUUCCGCUGAUUUUGAACGAGUCUAUGAUGGACCACGAGUAUAUCGAAAAUUUCCUGCAGAAGAUAGUUCAUUUAUGGGAUUAUAUGCUCGAACAGAACUUAAUCGACAUCCAGAUCGAAAAGUUAUUGGACUUUCACGAGGGAGUCAUUUAAUAUCUGCCGAUCGUCGUUUACCUGAUCGUACAAUUUAUUUAUCACGACGAUUUCAAGAAAGUUUAUAA